AUGACUGCUUCACCGUCACCAACAACAGCUACAGCAGUCCGAGAUUGCAACAAACUAAAAAGCAAAGUCGAGAACGCCAUCGUAGAAGCCACGAAUACAAAGACACAGCUUGGGCAGAUUCAGAACGACCUUGCAAUAGCGCAGAAUAAACUCGCAGCAAGUGAGCAGAAGCUCGCAACAACUACCGAUCAGCUCACCGUCGCGAAGAAACAGGUUAUUGAGCGGGAUCAGCAGAUGCUCAACGUCCGGGCCGAGGUCAAGAAAAGGAAGAAAACCGACCAUGCAUGGGAGCCACCGGCCAGGAAAGCUGAGCAAGCACAACUGAACAAGCGCCGAAGAAAUUUGCUGGAAGCAGGGAAGGGCUCGAUGAUUUUGCUGCUGCCCGCAAUGGUGAAGGUGAAGGUGAAGGACUGUAAGGUGAGAGAGGUUUACAACGAUUGCCGCUCAAGCUGUCAAGCAGAUACAGAAGUACGCAACAAGGCAUUCAAAGCAGACCGCGAGAGCUUCAAGAAGAUCACAGACGAGUACACCGCUAAAUACAGAACGACACACAGGGACUUGCAAGCAUCGUACAAGCAGCGCAAAGAGGAAAUAACCAUGCACGAACAGGAGAAAGAGAAGACAUGGGCGUUGAGCAGGGGAAUCAAGAUGCUUGAUCAGUCGCUGAAAGACAAAGACAAGGAGCUGAAACCUGCUCGGGAGGAAGCUGGGACUGCGAAAAAGCAGAUUCUGAAGAUGGACGAUGAUGAAGACGGUGAAGAGGCGGAGGAGCGAAAGAGGAAGGGUGGCGGCGAUGCUGCUGGAUCGGAGGCGAAGAAGGCAAAGACCGGAAAACAAGAUUUGAAAGAGUGCUUUCCGUCAUCCACUUGUUGA